UUUUGCGGAUUCUGUUCCCAGGAGAUGUCGAUGUUUUACACAAAGGCUUCUCUCCCGGUGACGACGCUGAAGAUCAUCUUAUUUAUGAUUGUAAAUGUGUCCGACAUUAAUGGUCUGAUUCUCCCUCCAGUUACAGUCACUCUGGAUCCUGACACAGCCCAUCCCCGGCUCAUCCUGUCUGAGGACCUGACCAGUGUGAGACACGAAGACGAAGAGCAGCCGCUCCCUCACUCCCCGAAGAGGUUUAGUAACUAUCCCAUUGUCCUGGGAUCUGAGGGCUUCACAUCGGGGAGACAUUACUGGGAGGUGCAGGUGGGCAACAAGUCAAUGUGGGCUGUGGGAUUGGCCACAGAGUCUGUCAACAGGAAACAACCAAUGAGGUGGUCACCAGAGGGUGGGGUCUGGGGGGUGGAGCUGUGGGACGGGGUCUAUUAUGCUCUGACAUCACCCCCCACCCGCCUGACCCUGACAGUGAGACCCGGGAAGGUCGGGGUUUACAUGGACUAUGAGGGGGGACAGAUGUCAUUUUACAACGCUGACAACAUGGCUCAUCUCCACACUUUCACCCAAACUUUCACUGAGAAACUUUAUCCUCUGUUCAAUCUCUGGUUUGGUUCUGAACCUCUGACAAUCUGUCGGUGACGGUUAAUGAGGAGGAAAAUUAGUCCAUUAUAAUGAGGAGCAAAAACCCUCAGCCAUUAACUUGAUACAUUGGGGGUGAAAAUAUUCUUGGGGGGAGUGGGGGGGAGGGUGUGCACUUUAAAAUGGGCAUCACCCCGACCAUCACCCUAUACACACCCUCACAUUCCCCCCCCACCCCACCGU